CACGUGAUUAUGAGGAGAAACAAUCUGCUGACGAUACAGCCUAUCUAACGACAUAUAGGUGAUUCCUUCCCCUUGCAUCAAGGCAGUACUCUAGCUGAACGUUGAGAGAACCAGGUGUAAUGGGGGAGUUAUCGGUGAUGCUUACUUUGAGUCUUCUCUAUGGAAAUAUAAUUGAUCCAAAAACAGGAAAGGACCAAACUGGGCAUCACUGGAGCUAUUUCGGUGAUUCUGGACCAAGUCAUUGGUCGGAUCACUACCCUCGUUGUAACGGACAAAGACAAUCACCUGUUGAUAUUCGAACAGGUGAUGUCGAGUUCGCAUCUUGGUUGACAGAGCUACAGUUCUAUGGAUAUGACAAGAACUUAGGUCAGGGAGAGCCUUGUACCAUCAAGAAUAAUGGACAUACAGCAAGUAUGGCUAUCACACACAGUCUUAAGUUACGUGGAGCACAUCUGAAUGGCGAUUAUCAGCUAGCGGAAAUGCAUCUCCACUGGGGUUUUAACAACAGCAGAGGGUCAGAACACGCAUUGAAUGGGAAGAAAUAUCCUGCAGAGAUCCACUUCGUUCAUUAUUCAACAAGAUAUGGUAAUUUGUCAGAAGCUAUGAAAAUGCCUGAUGGACUUGCAGUAAUAGGGGUUUUUGUUGAGUUAGUACCAGAGGAUACUUAUGCCUUUGAACGGUUAGCAAAUGGAAUUGACAGUAUCCUAGAAUAUGGUAAAAAGGCGAACGUUUCCAAUGUAAGGAUGCUUGACUUUUUACCACAACGGAAGAAUGCAUUUUAUCACUACAGAGGAAGUCUUACUACUCCACCGUGUUACGAAAGUGUUAUGUGGUUUGUAAUGGCUGACACUAUUCCUAUGUCUGAACGACAGCUUGAUAGGUUUAGACAUCUGCAAGAGAAAGUACACGAACAUGUUGCUGCUACGGGAAAAGCCCACUCUGUUUCAAGUCGAGUGUUUAAAUCGGACCCAGUCUAUAUAAGGGAAAAUUGUAGGCCACUACAGCCAUUGAAUGGCCGAAAAGUCUACAGCAACAUAAUGUCAUUACAACGCCCACAACUACGUGAUUUUGAGCUUCCGUCGGUCAAAGUUAGUCCGAUAAGACAUAAUUAUUUACCACAGGGUUCAAAUAGAAUGUCGUCUAAUAACCAUGCCAAUUCUGGAACAGAUUACAUAUUUCGUGGAUUGUCACCGAGUUCAAACAACCAUCAAAGGCAAAGUUCAUUCAAUGGGGUAAUAUCAAAUGGGAACAGUCUGCUCAUUGGUAAUAUCAAGUCAAAUAAUAUCAAUGGUGCCCUUUAUCAACAUUUACGACCGGACCAGCAAUAUCCUAGACAAAGCGGUCCCGUGAAUAAAAUUAACACAGGACAUGCCUUCAGCAAUGGCAACAGUGAACGUAUGCAUGUUUUCAAAACCCCCGACACAGCUUCGGUUCUUUCCGAUCGUCGGAAUGCAGGGAAGUCAGGGAAGUCAGGCCCAUUGUUGGACUAUAUAUUCACACAGAUGAAUGGACUCACUAAACCGAACACUCAAAAUCAAAGACACUAUCACGCAAAUGAUCAUCCAGGGAUAGCACAGCCUAAAGACAGGAUAUUUGCUGGACUUUCUGAUUUUCUAGCAAAUCCGGUGCAAUCCAGGGUUUUGUCAAAUCCUGUUGUAAAUAACAACUAUAUACAAUCAUCUAGUAAUGGUAAUUUCAACAACAAUAAUCCAAAUAAUUUCAACCAACAGAAGCUAAUAUCAAACAAAUAUGGAAACCAUUUGCAGAAGCAUAUUGGUCAAACUUAUAAUAACCAUCACAACGUUCAUCCAAGUCUCGCUUCUUAUCCCAUACCUAGGUCGCAGAAUUACCAAAGACCCGGAAAUUAUGUACCAGCUAAAAUGUAUCCGGACUACCAUCAAUCAAGAAGUGGAAAUUCUUUGACAGUUUUUGGAUAUGGCCUUUCCUGAUCAACCAUACUAUAAAAAGAUGUGCUAAGAUAAUAGAAGAUAUUAACACAAAGAAAGAUAUAGCACCAGAAACUAUCAAAAUGUUUGAUUGUUUUGGACGUAAAUGUGAUUUAAUUGAAUAUGUUAUGUAUCUUGUGUAUCUACUCUUGUUUCCUUAUAGGUAAGGUUAAGAAAUAUUUUUAGAAAGCUUAAACAAUAUUAUGUUUUGAGAUUGAAACUGGAUAAAUUGAGAUAUAUCAGUUCGGAAACAGAAUUUAGUACAAAUAAAUCAAUGUUCGGUUGGGAUCAAUUCGCAAUUGAGUUUAACUGCAGCUGCAUUUGAGAUUUGGUGUAGUUGAAGUUAUAUUAGUUUGAAGAUGAGAUUGAAUGAGAGAUCGGACUGUGUGAAAUUAUUAUGAAUCAGUUUUGAAUCGCAGUUAACUGGGAAAUGUCAUGUUGGAAACUCGUUAAAUGGGAUCUAUCACAUAGGCAUUGUAUGUCAAUGAAAAUUAUCGGGUUUGGAUAAAAUUUAACAUGAAUGCACCAGUUUCAGAUUGAGUAUUACUGAAAUAAAACCGUUUGGAAUUUAGAUAAAUCCGGAUUUAUAAAUUAUAAAUUAGGGUUAUGUAGACUAUAUGCUUGGGGAUGGGUUUAAACUAAGAUUUAUAUCUUUAAAAUUUUAAUUAUCUGAAAUAUGUGUCCUUUUAAGUUUGGUUUUCGCGCAUAUCAAUUGUUUAAAUCUGUUGUAUGUGAGCUUUUUGUGUAGGAAAAUGGUACUUAUGUGGUGAAACAAAUAUGUUGUAAUACAUUUUAAUGUCCUGAUGAUACAAAUAUAAAGUUUGACAUUUUAAAGGUUCGGAGUACAAAAUAAUGUUCUCUUCUUUUCAAUUAAAUUUGACAAGUUUCAUUAGUUUUUUAAUUUUCUUAUUUAAAUAUCAAUUCUUCAUAAGAUCACCGCUUAAUUUCAAUUUUGUUAAAAAAUAAGAAAUUAUUCAUUUUUUCUUUUUCUUUUUUUUUUUUUUUUUUUUGAAGGGAUUGGGGGGCUUUGAAAUGUUUACUUAUGUCAUCAGUUAUAAUUUGACAGAAUGUAUUUGGUUAAUUAAUUUGGAAUAAACUUUAGAAGAAAUG